AUGGCAUUUUUAAAACUUCAUCCAAUUCAACCUUCUGAUAUUAAGUCACUAAGUUUUGAUCCUUGUAAAGUUUAUUUUCGACUAUUACCAACAGGAGAAAGUCUACAGAGAAAAUGGUUAUCAUAUUGCGUUGAGAAUAAAAGUGUUUAUUGUAGUAUAUGCAUGACAUUUUCUAUUGACAAGAACACAUCUUUUUGUACUGGUUCAGUAGUUAAUAUUAAAAACUUGUGCGAAAGACUCAACAAACAUGAAAAGUCAUUGAGACAUUCUGAUGCAACUCCAUGUUAUUUAAUAAAUAAAUCUGGAGUGAAUGUAGAAAAUCUUAUCAACACUGAAAGAGAAUUAGUUGUGAAAAAUAACCGAGAAAUAGUUCAUCGUGUAAUUAACAGAAUACUUUUACUCUCAAAACAAAAUGUAGAUUUUAGAGGUAAACGCUAUGAAUCUGCUUAUGAUUUGAAUAAUUUACAAAACAACCAUGGGAAUUUUUUAGAAGUUGUUAACUUUUUAUCUACAUAUGAUCCAAUAAUGCGAGUUCAUGUAGAUAAAGUUUCUAAAAAAAGUGCAGAAAUGAAAAAAAUAAGAGAAGCCAAUACAUCUCAGAAACAUGGCCCUGCAAUAGCAGUGGAUGUAGUUGCAGCUGGAUUAUUUUCAUUAGAAGUAGAUUCAACCCAAGAUAUUACUGUAAAAGAUCAAAUGUGUAUUUGUGUAAGAUUCGUUAAUGUUAAUAGUGAAAACUUGGUUCAAGAGAGACUUUUAAAAAUGGCAACAAUAAAAUCAGCAACAAAUUUAAAAUUACUUGUAAGUGAUUCUUUUGACGGAGCAUCUAAUAUGAGUGGGAAGUACAAAGGUUUACAAAAUCAAUUAAAAGUAGAUGCUCCUAAUUCUAUAUUUACUCAUUGCCACGCUCAUGUUUUGAAUCUUGUCAUUCAAGAUUCUGUAAAAUAUACUAUUUUUGAAAAUGAAACUAGUGCAGAUAAAUUAAGAAAAUUAAAAAAGAUAGGUGCUACAAGAUGGAACAGUGCGGAUGAUGCUUUACGAAGUAUAUUUAAUACAUGGUCGGAUCAAAACGAAACCGAACUCUCAAGAAAUCAUUAUUAUUACGUAUUAGAUGCUUUACACACAAUUGCUUAUGCUGAUAAUACAGAUCCACACACUGCAUCUGAUGCAAGAGCGUUAAUUAUAAAUUGGACUUCAUAUGAAACUAUAAUAACAGCGUUUCUUUUUCUCCAACUGUUCAGUUCAACAACUCCAGUGUCAAAAUAUUUACAAACAAAAGGAUUAGAUUAA